AUGUUCAUGGGACAAGAGAAUCAUCAGCGAAGCAAUUGCCAUAAGAAAACACCAAACCACUAUGAACAGGGACGACGGGUAUACAGACUCUCUCACAUCUAUGACCAAAUUCUACAACCUGAGAGGCCGGGGCCCCCGGAUCCAACAGGACCAGAACAGAAGAUAGGAGGCGUCAAACCUGAUGGGGCAACGGCAUUGUACGUAAGUGUUCAAAAUGGUCAUACAGAUGCUUGUGGACUCCUUAUUCAAUCAGGAGCCAACAAGGAUAUCCAAAAGAAGAAUGGGUAUACGGCUUUGCAUACAAGUGCUUCUAAUGGUCAUACUGAUAUUAGUAGGCUUCUCAUUCAAUCAGGAGCAAACAAAGAUAUUCAGGCAGAA